CAUUUAUCGCGGCUGCUCUCGGAAGUCUUGUAACGCUGUAAACCUUAGCCAGGAUUUCCGGCUCCUUUCCAUUUGCCCUAUGCUGUUUUGUUUCCGUUUAUUCUAUUUCCGUUUUAAAAGUUUUCUACGUGCAGAGCUAAAGUGUGAUUUAACAAAGAUUUGUUUUAGUUAUCAACUGCAGUGCGUUUCCAGCAUAUUUUAACCGUUGUUUAGCACGCGGGGACCGACGGUUGUGUAAUGGACUGCCUCGCCCAGCUGUGCAUUCGCUUGCAAAAUAGUAGCUAACUUGGUUCACUGUUUCCUAGCUUCAGUGUGUUGACACGUGUCGCAUAGCGUAUGAAUAUUACUUGUUAUGUGUUUAUGAUGUGUAGUUCUGUUUGGACACUAUUUUUGGUAUCUAAUGGCCUAGCAGUUUGGCCUCUAGACGCCAAAGCCUCGCCCUCGAGUUGGCUAACGUUAGCAGUCAGUGAACUGUUCCAGACGGCCAAUGAGGAGUCGAGGCUGAGAGGCCUUUCUAGUAGAAAACCCCCGAACUGCAGUUUGUUUUGUUUUGGCUCUCUGCAUAGAACAGAAUGUCUAAAAGUGAACCAGAAGAGAUGAUAGAGAUCGAGAUCGAUGAACGGGAGAAACAGACAUGCCUGGAGGAAGGGGUUGAGGAGCAGACCAUCACUGCAUCAGAUUUGAUUCAACAAGAUAUUGACAUCAAUGAGCCCAUUGGCAAUUUGAAGAAGCUCUUGGAGCCUCGUAUCCAAAUGUCACUGGAUGCAUAUGAGAUCUGCCUGCAGGACAUUCAGCUUCACCCUGACCACAGCCUCUUCGAUCAGGGAGUUAAGACAGAUGGCACAGUGCAGCUCAGCCUGCAGAUAAUAACCAAGCCAGGUGAGGAGAAGUUGAACAUUUUGGAAAUUGUGAAGCCUGUAGAAACGGUAGAGGUGGUGAUUGAUCCAGAUGCAGCAGGAGAGGAGGGAGGUCUGGUGGAGGAGGGUCAACUCAUUGCCGUGGAGCGAUCUGGCCUGUCUGAUGAGACGUCGGAGCAGGUCACGCGCUGGGCCGCAGCACUUGAAGGCUACCGCAAAGAGCAGGUUCGCCUGGGCAUACCAUAUGAUCCUGUGCUCUGGUCAGCUGACCAGGUGAUCCACUGGGCUGUGUGGGUAAUGAAGGAGUUUAACAUUGAUGAGAUGGAAAUAGGCAGCAUUCACAUCCCAGGUCGAGAUCUCUGCUCAUUCAGCCAGGAAGAGUUCCUUCAGAAAGUGCCUAAUGGAGAGAUACUCUGGAGUCACCUGGAGCUCCUACGCAAAUAUGUGUUGGCAAGCCAGGACCAGUCUGGAGGGGAUGCUACUGUCACCAUUGAUCAGCCUGUGCACAUAAUCCCAACUCAAGUGAGCACACCCACUGCCAUAAAGGUGUUGAAGCAGAACCGUGGCCCCAGGACUCCCCGAAUUUCAGGGGGAGAGGAGCGCAGCUCACCUGGCAACCGCACAGGCAACAACGGUCAGAUCCAGUUGUGGCAGUUCCUGCUGGAGCUGCUGACAGACAAGGAUGCAAGAGACUGCAUCUGCUGGGUGGGCGAGGAGGGCGAGUUCAAACUCAACCAGCCCGAGCUUGUGGCGCAGAAAUGGGGCCAGCGCAAGAACAAGCCUACGAUGAACUAUGAGAAACUCAGCAGAGCCCUCAGGUAUUACUACGACGGGGACAUGAUCAGCAAGGUGCAGGGCAAGCGCUUUGUCUACAAGUUUGUGUGCGACCUGAGAACUCUGAUUGGCUACAGUGCUGCUGAGCUCAACAACCUGGUGACCGAGUGCGAACAGAAGAAACUGGCUCGCAUGCAGAUGCACGGCAUCGGCCAGCCCAUCACUACAGUGACGCUGGCCACCACCACGCUAGACAAAGACAGUUGAAGGAGGAUGCAUUAAAGCGCCCUCCAGCUGCCAAAGUUUGCUCUCAACCGCUGAUUGGAAAUCAAAUCAACUUUCUUCUUUUUUGACACAACUGUGUUUAUCAGGCACAGAAAUGCAAGGCUGAUCAGUGUGAAUUAACAACUUUGUUAUUGUCUUUACAGUUUGAAGUUAGACUGAGGCAAGUUUAUCUUUUCUGUAACUCUAACCAAGAAAAUUGUGUUCUGGAUGAGGAGGUGAAUGUCUGUGUGAUUAAUGAGAAAUGCUGUUGUGUGCAUAUGACUGAAUGCUUUAAGGUGAGACUGAGUUUUGAGCUUUGUGUAAGGAGUUCCCUGUCUGUAGUUUAGGAUCAUUUCCACUGUAUAUACCGGUACUUAAUGUUUUUGAUAGCCACAAGGACAAGUGUAUUUUCAUAUUUUCCAUUUAUACAGGACCUGUUUUGUAUUUUAUUUAGUGUUUGUUCCCUAAAUCGCUGGACCCUUUUUUGUCCACUAGAGGGAAUAAAGUGGCAAGCAUUUUUCUUAA